AUGGACGAUUCUGUCAUCGAGCAUAUCGCCGUAGAGCGACUGUCCGAAUGGAAGUUCCAAUCAAAACGGCUAACGGAACCUAUGGGAAAUGCAUUGCCCAUUUCCUAUGGAGGAUAUAUACUAGGAUUGGCUACUAAUGCCGCUGCGAAAACCGUUCCGGCUGGCUUCCAUCUAUACUCGGUCAUGGGUCACUACCUAGGCCCUACAAGCACCAAAGAGAAAGUGACACUCACUGUAUUUCCUUCCCGGAGCACGAAGACCUUUCAGACACGGAGGGUUCAAGUUACACAAAAUACAGGCGAUGGCAACUCCAGGCUUUGUUUUGAGCUUCUGGCUGAUUUCCAAAGGGCUGAGCCGGAAAUGCUCAAAUAUUCAGCGGCGCCGCUUAUGAAAUACAGCAAUUGGAAUGAGGUUCUACCUGUUGAAGAUAUGAGCGAAAAACUAGUUGCCGACGGCAAAAUUACAACUGCACAUGCCAAAGCCUUUGGCAAGAUAUUUGGUCUGCUGAAUAGGGUGUUUAAUACUCGUUACUGCCCAGAGAGCAUUGCUGGACAAACUCUUCUCGGUGUUGCCAAGGAAGCCCAGACGACCCAGGAUGACUUGCCCAUUACGGCGAAAACCAGCUCUGUAUGGUUCCAAUCAAAGUAUCCCGUGAGUGAGGAAACAGAUCAUGCCGCCGGCCUUGCUUUUGUUCUUGACGGGGCUCUGUCUUUUCUGCCAUUGAUUCAUAAUCACAUGUUCCUAAACGAUGCAUCCGCCUGUUCCAGCCUGGACUUUGCCAUGCGGAUUUUUGUCCCAAUUGUCAACUUGAACAACUGGCAUCUGCGAGAAAAUGUCACGCAUGUGGGAGCUCAUGGACGCACUUACUCGGAGGCUAAAGUGUGGGAUGAGAAAGGGAAUAUGGUUGCGUCGAUGACACAGCAGUCUAUCCUGAGGCCACUUCCGCCUAAUAAGCUUUGA